UACUCCUACGUCAUACGUAAGGUCAAGAGGAAAGAAGCAUGGCCGCUGUGUUAAGAGGGUCUCGGUACCUAGUUGGAAGCUUUUACAAGAAUGUUGACUUUGCAUUUGUCUCCACAAGGUCCAUGGCCUCGAAGACCCAGGUGGGGUUUAUUGGUCUGGGCAAUAUGGGAAACCCAAUGGCAAAGAACUUGUUGAAGCACGGAUACCCAGUUAUUGCUACUGAUGUGUUCCCGGAGUCCUGCAAGGAAGUGCAAGAGCUGGGUGCCCAGAUCGUGGAUAAUCCUGCUGAGGUAGCAGACAAGGCAGACCGCAUUAUCACCAUGCUUCCCUCUAGUCCCAAUGUCAUAGAAGCAUACACUGGAUCCAAUGGCAUUCUCAAAAAAGUGAAGAAAGGCUCCCUACUUAUUGACUCCAGCACAAUUGACCCUGCUGUUUCAAAAGAGAUGGCUGCGGCUGCUGAGAAGAUGGGAGCAGUUUUUAUGGAUGCACCUGUGUCAGGAGGUGUGGGUGCUGCCAGUUCGGGUAAGCUAACUUUUAUGGUAGGAGGAGCAGAGGAAGAAUUUACUGCAGCCAAAGAACUUCUCAGCUGCAUGGGAGCUAAUGUGGUGUACUGUGGUCAAGUUGGAACUGGACAGGCUGCUAAAAUCUGUAACAACAUGCUCCUAGCCAUCGGAAUGAUUGGAACAUCAGAGACAAUGAACUUGGGAAUUAGACUCGGUCUUGAUCCAAAACUGUUGGCUCAGAUCCUGAACAUGAGUUCAGGCCGUUGCUGGUCUAGUGACACCUACAACCCCGUGCCUGGAGUCAUGGAGGGAGUCCCCUCUGGAAAUAACUACCAGGGAGGCUUUGGCACUCAGCUGAUGGCAAAGGAUCUAGGCCUCGCACAGAACACAGCCACCAACACAAAGACUCCUGUCCCUCUCGGCUCCUUGGCCCAUCAGAUCUACCGUAUGAUGUGUGCACGCGGUUAUGCCAAUAAAGAUUUCUCCUCUGUAUUCCAGUUCUUGCGUGAGGAGGAGGGCCAGUAAUAUCAGCCUCCACCCCGUCCAAAGCCUUGCCAGGCCUGGCCCUGCACAGGACUAACAUAGUGUAGUUAGGGUGCAUUUUCGCCCCAAGGACAGUCUUUUUUUUCAAGGUUGUGAAAGACAUGAAGCCACAAGAGCUCCAACACAGCGUGACAGAUCAUGUGAGCACUUCUCUCCUGUUUGAAAAUCAUGUUUCCUGUGUGACGUAGCCUUUUAAAAAUACAACACUCCGGUCAGUUUUAGAAGCAAAAUGAUUUGUCAGUUACGAAGAGGGUUCAACAGAUCAGCAGGCUGUCGAGAAAUGACAGCUCUGCAGAUCUUACUACAUAAAAUGCAAAGAAUGUGGUGGGAAUUGUUGGUUUUAAGCAGACAACUCAUUAGCUCUGUUUGUCAAAGCUAAACAGCUGCAAAUAACAGUUUAGUCUCCACAUAUUUAUCUAUUGUUUGUGAUCAUUUUUUGUAUGUUUCUGUUUUUUUUUUCUGUUCAUUGGGGUUUUUUCUCUUGACAUCAGAAAUGUUACUUUGGGAUAAGAGUGUCAUAUCAUAUCCUGUUAGGAAAUAAAGACAAAUUGUGAUGUCUUAAACUUGGUUAACAAUGAAUGUACCAUCUAUUCACACCCUGGAUUUGGCUCGGCUGAAAUAUUAACAGAAAUUUAAAAGAAAACAAUAGCAGCAUAUUUAUUCAAUGAUUACAGCUCAUUCGUAGCAGUACAUUCUGUAUUUGUUAUUAGUUUUGUGUGGAUUCAACUCAAUUUAUGCAGUCCACAAAUUUGCAUUUAAUUGUAGUCAAACCUCAGACACAGAGGCAGAAAGAUGCAGACUUUCAUGAUGAAAAUGGCAAUUUAAAUUCUAAACGCCUUGUGCGUGGACGCAUACUGCACAAGUUUUCUUCCACGACUCUGAGCACUAAUACUGUUAGUUAAAUAGCUCCCAAAUGUUCUAGUUUGCACGGUGUGCCCCACUGAUGCAGUAGUCUCGGUAAAACGUUGAAAAAAACAUCUGCCCUGAGGAGCUUGACUGUAGAGCAGAUGCAGUGGCGGGAUGCGAAGCGCCGGGGCAGAAAAAUGAGGGCCAAAAACUGCACACGUUGUUCUAAAUGAGUCGCUAAUCUUAAAACUGCAUCAGCUUUUUCUCCUCUUGACGGGAACGGAUGCUUGAAAUUUCUCCACAAAGUUUUCAAUUUAUGCCUAUUUCACAACUAUGAAACGAAGUCGCAUUUUUCUGCCCCCGCCCUAUUUAGUAACUUUUGGGAUCUGGACUUAUUUUCUAUCCCCACUUAGGCUAGACCAAGAGGGCGGCAUGUUUCUGAUCUGGUUUACCAAGAGCCACUGAGGGGCCAAGGUGCCAUAGGUCAUGCGAUCACAAGACAAACACAUAAAAAGUCCAUUAAGCACUAUAGGCUAAGAGCUGUGUUGUCAUCUAGUUGAUAGGUACUGCAAACAGAGCAGCACUUUGGUCUCAGGCCUCCAGCAGACUAUGACACACACACACACACACACACAUACACACAUCCUGACAUCAUCUGCUGCAGCGCGCACGUCACUCUUCAACACUUCAGAUAAAACUGCAUUCAACGACAUUCAUCGUUAAUGGUAAUGAAAUCUAUUUUAUGUUUUAUGUGCACUUUUAUGUAACAUAUUGGGUCACAUCAACUUUUUGUUGGCUGCUGAUGCUCUGUCGUAAUUUAUCCUGUGCUUGUGGUUUUGAUGGUGCUUCGAUAUUCACCGUUUUAAAGCCAAGUUUGUGUGUGGAAAUCCAGUUUUCCCAACAAAACAAAAAACUGUGAAAUAGUUGCAAUUUUACUCAUAGCAGACACUCUUGUAAUCUGUAACUCUCGCAGUAUAUAAUAAUCAAUACAUCGUCAAAAUACAAUAAUGAAAA